AUGCAGCAAACUUGGCUCGCCUCCGCCCCCGGCGGAGUCGCGGCCGCGGCUUUCACGCAAAAUCCCCUGCAUUUUCUCCAGCAGGCCACCGCGCCUCCCGCCGCACUUCUCCGCGCGUCUCCCGCCGCAAUACCCGCACCAAUUCCGUUUCCAACCGCUCAGGCCGCAGCCGCGGCAGGAUUUCGCACGGAGAUGGCUCCCGCGGCGCCGUUCUCGUCACCGGCUAUCGCGGCGGGCGUCGCGCCCGUGCCGUUUUCGUCGCUUGUCGCAUCGUCCGCUCUGUGGAGCGCAUUGGCGCAACAGCUCUCAUCGGCGCAACAGAUCGCGUCGGCGCAACAGAUCGCGUCGGCGCAACAGAUCUCGUCGGCGCAACAGAUCUCGUCCGCGCAACAGAUCUCGUUGGCGCAACAGCUCUCAUCGGCGCGACAGAUCUCAUCGGCGCAGCAAUUCUCGUCGGCGCAGCAGCAGCGGAACUUGUCGGCGGAAGAGCUGCGGAUGUCGCAGGGAGACGGUAGAGCCACAAUGACUGUUGACUCGACUCAAAAGUCACCUGGAAAGCAGCAGGGCAGCAGCGGCGUUGGUGCUGCUGUAGCACCAAGGCAGGGAGACGGCAAAGCCAGAGUGCCCUUUGAGUCGAACCAGAAGUCACCUGUAAGGCAGCAGGGGGGCAGUGGGAUUGCUACCGCUGUCGCAGCGAGGCAGGAGGUCAGAGCCGCAGGGAGGCGAGAAGAGUCAGUAUCCAUAGAGAGGAAAGUUGCGGCGGGAGGAUCAGGAAAGCAGCACGACGCGGGAACACAGCAACCUCAAAUGCGAGAUGCACCUGGGAAGCAUGACUCUCCGCCCAGACAUGACACCACCCCGCGGAAACAAGGCACGCGGCAAAAGAGAGGCACACCACAGAAGCAAGAGGGUGAUAGGAGAGAGCGAGAAGCGUUCAAGUGCAGGGAGGGAAUGGAGGGGGCGGAGGGUGCCCGUAUUGGCGCUGGUACUGCUGGUGCUGGUGCUGGUGCUGCUGGUGCUGCUGGUGCUGCUGGUGCUGCUGGUGGUGGUGGCAGUGGUGGUGAUAGUGGUGGUGGCAGUGUUAGCAAGGGAAGGACUGCGGCCAGUGUAACUGUUCAGUGCAACGUUGGUGCUGCAGGCCCUGCUGCUGUACCAUGGGCGGCACAGUCACGCACGUUACAAUCACAAUCACGAGGAGGUGCCUUGGGCACAGCGUCUCUCCCUUUCACAGUGAUUCAACAGCCGGUUACCGUUACAAUGGGCGAGGUGAAGCCUGAGCCGGUGGAUGGUUCCCAUCCGACCGUUGGAUGGAGGGGACGAGGCAUGGGAAGCGAUCCUGAGCGUACAAUGGGAGAGCGAGGAGAGGGUGACGCGAGUGUUCCGCAGUGGGAGGAGCAGGCAGCAGCAGCACCAUCAGUCUGCACUGCAGUGGGGCCAGCACUUUAA